AUGUCUGCACCACCACCCAGCCCGCCGCUGCCCCUCUCCACCGCGCCGAUGGCUCUCCCCAUCGCGCCGCUGGAAUCCACCGCCGGCGCCUCCACCGGCCAGACGCCGCCGCCCUCCACCGCGCCGCCCGUCGCCAUCUACUUGCCGCCGGCCGCCGCGACCGGGCCAGCCACCCUGCCCUGGUACUCGGCAACCACGGCGCCAAUCGGGCCUCUACAUCACCACUGGCCGCAUCAGCCGCCGCCCGCCGUCGCGACCGGGCCAGCCGCCCUGCCCUGGUACGCGGCCACCACGGCGCCGAUCAGGCCUCUACACCACCACUGGCUCGGUCAGCCGCUGCCCGCCGUCGCCCCCCACUGGACGCAGUGGCCGGCCCCGGCAAUCGCCGCGCCCCCGACGCCUCCCGGGUCCGGGCAGCCGCAGCCCCAGCUGCCGGCCCCACCGCCGCCCGCUGCCGCACCUCAAUGGCCACAGUGGCCGGCCCCGGCCCUCGCUGCGCCCCCCACGCCACCCGGGUCCAUGCUGCCGCAGCCGCAGCUGCCGGCCCCACCACUGCCCAGCACGGGGCCCGGGUCACCCUCGCAGGGAGGCGUACCGAUCCAGCAAGUCCGCUUCCCGCCGUCGCCGUCCCCAAUACCGGCCUGGCUGACCGGAUCAUCGCCGCCACCCGUCUACACAUCAACUGGAGACCCGCCGGCACCCACUCUGCAGUUCGGCGAUCCCUCCGGCUCGGCGGGGCACUCCACGGGCCGUGGCCAUACUGACCGGGUGCCCCAAUCCUCGCUGCUUCGCACCUCCGAGCCAGUCGGCCACGACGCUCCGACUCAGACACCGCCGCGGUUUGCCAAACUGGACUUCGCCACCUAUGAUGGCACGGAGGACCCCCUCAACUGGCUCAACCAGUGCGAGCAGUUCUUUCGCGGGCAGCGCACCCUCGCCUCGAAGCGUACCUGGCUCGCCUCUUACCACCUCCGUGGCGCGGCAUAG